CGUACCAUCGUGGCAGCAGCCGCACACACAAAGUACAGAGCACGGGACAGCAGCAGUCAAGCGAACGAGCGAGCGAGGCGGCGACGACUUGGAAUCGCUGGAGAUGGACGCGCGGCGGCGACACUCUUCGUCUCCGGCGGCGGCGGGCGCGGCCCUCCGCCUGCUCCUCCUAUGCCCCAUGCUGUUGCUAGGGAGCCGGGCGGCGGCGGCGACUGGCGGCGACGCCGGCAUGACGGAGCUGCAGAAGCACGCGGCCUUCUUCGACAGCGACAAGGACGGCGUCGUCUCCUUCUCCGAGACAUACAACGCGUUCCGGGAUUUCGGGUUUGGAAUUACCGCCUCCACCGUGAGUGCGACCUUCAUCAAUGGCUUCCUUGGCCCCAAGACCAGACCGGAAAACGAGACGUCACGCUUAUCGGUCUACAUCGAGAACAUCCACAAAGGGAUCCAUGGGAGCGAUUCGGGCGCAUAUGACGCUCAAGGAAGGUUUGUUCCAGAGAAGUUCGAUGCGAUAUUCAGCAAGCAUGGCAAGACGGUGCCAGACGCCCUGACAUCCGCUGAGGUGGACGAGCUGAUCAGCGCCAACCGUGAGCCCAGCGACUACGCAGGAUGGGCUGGUGCGUCGGCGGAGUGGAAGAUCCUGUACAGCAUCGGCAAGGACAAGGACGGCCUUCUCCGGAAGGAGGACGCCAGAGGCGUCUACGACGGCAGCCUCUUCGCCAAGCUGGUGCAGGAGAAGAGGAGGUCUUGAGAAAGCCAAGCAUGAUUGCUGAUCCAUUCUGUUUUACUACUGUACAAGCAACAUGCUGCCUUUGGUGGCCUUAUUUGGCUAGGUAUUGCACGUACAGAUUAUAUGUCACUUGGCUUGUGAACGAUCUUCAGAAAAGAAAAGAAAAAUGUCUGGCCGUGUGAACAAGUGCGAACGGAAUCUGCAGAUGGGUCCAAUUGAUGCUUCCCUUUGCUUGGUUGUAUCCUGUGGAUAUGGGUUUGUGUGUACUGAAUUUGGUGGGCAGUGCAAUAGCAUAUUGGAGGUCUCAUGCUCCUCUUGCCCGUGAUUACGAUGUUUGUCUCUGUCCUUGCUGCAAUCAAACUCGGUUCUUAUUUGGUUCA